GGCUUUUGCAGAUACUGAUCCGUAGCUGUAGAAGAUGAAGUCUGCCUGUUCUACGGUGUGACAGAGCCAGGAUGGUGUAGGGUUUCAAGGGGCAAACGAAGGAGGAGCAUCUACUGCUGGUCUAGACUCUCCAAAAGACAUCUGUAGUGUUAUUGUACUGGUUGAUUUAGUUUCUUCAGGUGUUGCUUUUUAUCCUUUGAUCUGGAAAGCAUCGUUUUACAAUCUGCAUCUUCAUUUACAGGAAAUACAAGUGCGACUGAAAGACAUGUUGCUGUUGUUUCUAAUUCUCUCAGCGGCCCAGCUGUAAUUCCAGUCAGUCCUAACUACUGUUUGAGCUGUCCGUUCUAAACAACAGCAUGCUGACCACAGUCUGGGUUUUAGCUGUCUUCCUGGCCAGUGCCUGUGGCCAGGGCAUCAGCACUCUAGGCGUAGUGGUUGAGGCCAGUAACAUCACCCUCCCAGCGGGGACGCGGGCCGUGCUGCCCUGCCACAGCCCCCGCAUGGUGUGGACCCAGGACAGGCUGAAGGACCGCCAGAGAGUGGUUCACUGGGACCUGGUUCGAAGCAGCCCAGAGUACUCUGUGGAGAGGAUACUGGACAUGUCCUCUGGCGUCAAAGAGAGGGUUUACAAUGGGCUCAACAAAGGACGCAUUACCAUCCCCAAAACCGCCUUCAGUGAUGGGAACUUCUCCCUGGUUAUAAACAACGUGGGAACCGCUGACAGGGGUGUUUAUACCUGUAAUCUGCAUCACCACUACUGCCAGUUGCACCAGUCUGUCAAGAUACAGCUCAAUACCACCAAGUUAGCCCGUAAGGAGAAGCGCUACUGGGAUGGGGACAAGACGGUGUUGGUGGUGUUGCUGGGUAGCAGUGUAGCGUUGCCCUGUGUGAACCGGCGCUCCCUGUGGAUGGAGGGCCAGCAGGAGGACCAGCAGCAGGUGGCCCACUGGGACUGGCAACCCCCCGGCGUGAGACCCGAUGGGGCUGACCGCCUGGUCGACCUGUAUGCCUCAGGAGAGCGUCGGAAGUACGGGCCGCUCUUCCCCCAGAACCAGAUGAGUGUGUCUGAGGAUGCCUUCUCUGUAGGGGACUUCUCUCUGACCAUCUCUAACCUGCAGCCCGUCCACAAGGGUCUCUACUCCUGCCACCUCCAUCACCAUUACUGUGGCCUUCACGAGAGACGCAUCUUCAGGCUCAUGGUGGGACCUCCACUGCCCCCAGCUCCUCCGGUGCUCACUGCUGCUCCUGCAGUCCCGGAUGUUCCGGCUGCCCCUCCUGCUCCCGCUGCUCCUGCCGCUCCUGCUGUCCCCCACACACUACCAAAUGACAACCCAAGCCCUAACGUGAUUGAACUUGACCGGCCGAGGGUGGUCAACGUCAUCCUCCCUGAGCACCGGGGACACUUCUUCCAGCAACUCGGCUACAUCCUGGCCACCUUCUUCCUCCUGGCUUUUAUCGUCACAGUGGUCAUUGUGCUUACCCGGCGACGCAGGAAGAGAGGGCUGGAGUACGACCUUCAAAGAUCUGAACGGUGUCAUGGCUAUGAAGACGUUGCGUUGAAUGCCACAGAGCUGAAGGUCUGCAACCAGCAUCACCUGAAUUCAGAUUACAAAAACAACCUGCUGAAAGAGCGCGAUAUGUCCAAAGACUGCAAUAAAGAAAUGGACGGAAAGUUGUGGAAGUGAGGCUGAGAGAGCUGAAAUGCUCCUGGCAGGUCCAGGGCAGGCAAAUGCCUAUAGGAUGAGGAAAUAGGGGUUAGAAUGGUGAAAUUCAAAUAGAAAGACCGGAGGGGCUCUCUGUUUCUUUCUAUAGAUGCCCCUUUACCAAACUAUCUUAACAAAACCUUUUCAUUACUGCGACAGUUCAUGUUUUUAUUUGAUACUCUGUAUUCUGAUCUGCUGUUUUUUCAACAUGGCUAAACAUUUCUUACAUUUUGUAUUUCACAGAUAUUUGAUUUGAGCAUUUUAGAUAACAACCACCAACCUGUGUACUGUACAGUAUUCCUUGUCUAUACAUAUGCAUAAGAAAACACAUUCUCUCACUGUAUGACUUUCAGUGACUCUUUAUUUCCUGAAUGCAUGUUGUCCUUUAAUGUUUGUAGGAAAACUUGUCAUGUUCUGUUAAUAAUUUGCGAGCUCAGAACAUGCUGAGUAUGUUUAUGAAAACAUUUGCACAAACUUUGCUGUAAUAUACUGGUAACACGUUACUGUACAUUGGCCAAGAUAACCUGUGUGUUAAGGGUUUGUCAUAAGUAGUUUAAGCCUGGCUGUUAAUUAUUAGUUUGAAAAUUGCUUAUAAAUCAGUAAUAAGCAAUGAUACCUAUUGAUGAUCACAGACCAUUAAAAGGCUAUGCAUAUUGUAGAACUCAGGAAAACAAGCCUGGAACAGAUACAAUCCAGAUUUUGGGGAAUGUAAUUGGGGGGGGGGGUCUAUGUGUGACUGAUUGUAUAUUCGUGUAAUAUACACAUGCUUGCAAUACACUGUUUGUAAACUUUGAAACUGACAAAUUGACUAUCCAAAAAUCUCACAAAGCCACAGACCUGCAAUGGUGAUCAGGAUCCCUGUAGAAACAGGAAUGAAGAGGUCUAAAUCUGUAGUAAAUGAUAUGGAAUGUUUUUACUUCUUUCUGAUUGGAUAAAGGGAUCCCAACACUAUUUCCGUCUCAGUGCUUGACUUGCAAGCAGGUUAUCUGUGCAGUAGCAUGCUGGCACAUUUGCUUCCCUAUAAUAAAGAUGAAUUAAAAAAGAUAUACUGUUGAUG